AUGUACAGCUACAUCCCGGAUUCGGACGAGCCUCAACGACCACAUCAGCAGCAGCAGCAGCAGCAGCAGCCGUACCGGCCCAGUCUACCACCUCGAUCACAUUCGACGAGCUACUUGAAGUCGGGCUCCGGCGAAGCGCUGUCGCACUCGCACUCGCACUCGCACUCGCACUCACUGUCGCAUGCGCAUUCGCCGAACGCGCACGCUAGCACUAAUAGCAGCAGUUGCAACACAACAUCUUCCUCAUCCUACACCCCAUCCACAUCAACGAGCUAUAUCCGGGAAUCGAGGUCGGGUGAAUUCGAUGCCCCGCGGACGUGCGACAGCGUUUGGAUCCAUUCCGAGGUCAGUCGCAAGGUCUCAGUUGGAUUCAAGCGGGUCAAUAGCGCAGGGGGCGUGCGUGUGGCGGUCGCGUGGCGAGUGGCCGCGGGGCGAUGGCCCAGACUCGGUUUCGUCGUCGGCCAGGCGGGCCAUGCGCCGCGCGCACGGACAAGAGGCGUUCGAGUCCCCUUUGGGUCGAUUAACGAGACGUCGGCGCGUCUGUGCUGAAUCUCCCUUUUUUCCUCUUCGCUCCUACACAGCAUCGAGACUUGUCGACGAGGUACACCAAGGCACUCGAGGAUUUGGCCACCUCUAGGAGCGAUGUGAUUCGUCUGACUACAGAGCUUGCCUCGGUACAUGGUCCGUUCAAUUUUCCACUUCAUUUUUUUGACUUUGCGAGCGCGAGCGUCCGCGCGCGUAUGGUUUACUUCCAUGAGGGUCCCGCCGCAGACAAGAUCAACCUCCGAGAGGCUGACUCCCAACUCCCUUUACCUUCUUCUUCGGGCCAAACUCCCGCGCCACUCCUACUUGAUCUUUCUUACCCACCUAUCCUUCAUUCUUCGUCGUGAGCAGCUCGGAUAUCUUCACUCGCAUCGCCAUCUCCUUCCGCGCCACCUUCGCCGGUCCUGCAACAUGUACCCGUGUUCGCACCACCCCGAGCCCCGCCCGCGCCUUCCCCGGCCGCCCCCUCUCCGGCCUCGGUCACAACUCCUAUUUCGCCCAACGAUCCGUUCGCCGCGAUGAAAGCUUCGUUCGCAGGACGACCAAGUCCGGUCUCAACCACCAGCAUCAGUAACACCCCACCGUCUAGGCGUGAUUCGGAGCUUCCGUCGCCGAUCGAAUUCUCGUCCUCGCACUCCCCCAUCCCCCUAUCGGCUUCCCGAGGCUCUGGCGGCGGAUCCGGUCGAGCAAGAUAUUACAACGCGCCGACGUUACCCUCGCAACCUCCGGACCCGAACGUCGUGAAUCAAUACCUCGCCGAGCUGGGUAGCUGGUCGCGCCCUCGGUACGACUACACUCAACUGAUGCACGUCCACAACUAUAGCAACGACGCGGCCGUCAAAUCGAACUUGCGCACCGAGAUGGUCGACCUCGAGGGUAUUUGCCCCACUCCUGCACAAUGGAAGCUCUGGAUCGUGGCUCGAUUGACGAUCGUGAAGGACCUGUUGGAUCCGGGUAAGAGUUGGAAGAACCAACGCGAUCAGGACAAGAGGUUGGCCGUGCAGAUCGUCGAGAAAAGGUUCCCUGCUUUGGCGUUGUGCGAACCCGAUCGAUGUUGGAAGGCCGCGAUCUUCUUGCAGAGACGUUUGGACGAGGCGAUCAAGACGGGGCAUGAGACGGAGAGGAGGAAGGGCGCGAAUAGUGUGAAUAAUACCCUGGGGACGACGACUACAUCUGCGCCGACAUUUCAGGGGAUGCAGGCGAUCGGACAGUGGGAUGGGAAGAAUGAGGCGGGUAGGACACAUGAGGAGGGGGGUUGGUCGAUGAUGAUGAACAUAUGA